AUGGAGAAUCAAUCGCGGCCGGCGCGAUACAUGGCCCAUGUUUUCGAAGAGCUGGGCCUAACCACCAUGUGGCGGUCGUCGCUCGACGUGAAGCUUCUUUGCGCGCAACGCUUCGUCCGGCUCUUCGCGUACGGCGGCUCGACCUUGAUUUUGGCAUCGUAUCUAUCGGCCAUGGGGAUUUCAGAUGAUCGCAUUGGCUUGUUUAUGACUCUCACGCUGGUCGGAGAUGUGGUGAUUAGCUUCUUCCUCACUCUGUUUGCCGAUGCUAUGGGUCGCAAGGCGGUGUUGUCGCUCGGAUCAAUCCUUAUGGCUGGCAGCGGAGUCAUUUUCGCUCUUUUUGGAAAUUUCUGGAUUCUACUGGCCGCUGCAGUCUUCGGUGUCAUCAGUCCGAGUGGAAAUGAAAUUGGCCCGUUCCGUGCUGUGGAGGAAUCCACUCUGGCUCAUCUCACACCACAUGAGCUUUUGAGUGAUGUUUUUGCUUGGUAUUCCUUGAUUGGAAAUGCUGGCUCGGCUAUGGGAAUGCUUGUCUGUGGUUGGAUCAUUAAUUCUCUCGAGUCAAUCCACGGAUGGGCCUUCAUUCCCGCCUGUCGCAUCAUUUUCUUCGUCUAUGCCGGCGUUGGCGUCGUUAAGCUAAUCUUGAAUCUGGGCCUGAGUGGCAAAAUCGAGGUUCAGAAAGAGGAGCCACAGGAACAGAGCUCUGAAACCCGACCACUGCUGUCAGAACCUGUCGAACGGGAUGUCGAGCCGGCCACGAAGAAGGGGCUGUUUCCGUCUAUCGAGAAGGACCUGUGGUCUCUGGUUAUCCGUCUCUUCAUCCUUUUUGGAGUGGACUCAUUUGCGUCUGGAUUGGCUUCACUGUCCUGGAUGACCUACUUCUUCAAGGGCAAGUUCAAUCUGCCUUCAGGUGGACUCGGCACUAUGUUCUUCACUACGAACAUUAUCUCUGCGGCAUCCAUGCUUGUGGCCUCGUCCCUCGCCAAACGAAUUGGUAAUGUCAAGACUAUGGUAUUCACUCAUUUGCCGUCGGCGAUCUGUCUGGCUCUCAUCUCCGUCCCAUCUAGCCUGCCCCUGGCACUGACCUUCCUGAUUCUGCGAGCCUGCACCCAGAACAUGGAUGUGGCGCCUCGCUCCGCAUUCCUUGCUGCAGCUUUGCCGGCAGACAAGCGCACUGCUAUUAUGGGCGCGGUGAAUGUUGUGAAGACUACAGCCCAGAGCAUGGGUCCCCUGUUGACGGGUAUCUUAUCGAGCAAUGGCCAUUUCGGUGUGUCCUUCAUUAUUGCAGGAUGUUUGAAAGUGACCUACGAUCUUGGCAUGUUGUUUAGCUUUGCUGGAAAGGAGGCUGCUCGUAGGAAGCAGGCAGCUCAAGAUGCCGGCGAAGAGACAAGUUAG